UCUGAUUGGGUCAACUCGAGUCCCUCAAAAGCUUACGAAACAUAGCUGCUAGUUAGCUAGCUUUGCUAACUAGCCAGUUACAGGCUAACGGGGGCAUGGCUUAGCGUGGUUCGACCCGUUACAUCGAUAAUCAAUAAGCUAUAUUUUUAUUACAUACAUCUCAUUAACUUUUUAAAAUGUUGUAUCCCUUGUAAACGUACUUGAUUCAUGCAAACUCGUGCGUUUGAUUUAGCAGGCUAAUUCGAGCAUCUCUUGAUAUCAACACGGCUCAUCUCAACCGGUGCAGCAGAACGGGAGCAACAUGGUAGUUCCGGACAGCGCCGGUGAGGUCCAACCGGCAAGCAAUGACGGUACCGGGAGUCUCAUGACGACGUCCCAGCCGAGCUACGAGGAGGAGCAGGAGCUUGCAGGGGAGGAGCUGGAGGAGGUACGUAAGCUCCAGCAGCUCAUUCGAAGACUUGAGGUCCAGAAUCAAACACUCCGCAACAGGGGAGGCAGUAAGAAUCUACAUCUCGGAGGAGCGACCACCACAAACAACAGUAACCUCACAACUGGUACCAACAUCAAUGAGAGAAUCUCUUCCAGCCAAGGGGUGACCAACACCAACUCCCCUCUCAAGUUGGGGAGCAGUGGAAGUUGUGGAAGGGAUCUAGGCAGUAGCAGUGACUUGGAGCUGUCCCCUCCUCAGGACCGUAGUAGCAGUGAGGAUAUGUCCCCGCUCCCUGUAAAUAACCGGAUAGAGGAAGAGGAGGAUGGUGGACUGUGUGCAGGCUUUCUGAACCUGCCUUGCGGGAAUGGACCAGGACCGGCGCAGACCCAGGGGCUAAGCCCAACCCCAGAGAGUCCCUCUCUGGACAGCUAUGAGUCUGAGACCCUGGCGGAGAGCGACUCGGGGGUGGACCAGUUGGCUCUGGAUGAGGUGGAUGUUCUGGACCUAGAGGAGGACCUUGCAGAGGUGGAUGGUGAGGACAGCUGGUUGUAUGUCUCCCCUAAGAAGCAGGUAGUUGCUGAGCCCAGACCUGAGUCUCCUCUGAAGUGGUGUCGGAAGGUUCUGGACCACCCCAGCCCAGAGACAGAGGUGGCCUGUCGUACCCUGCUCAACCGUCUCGACCAGGCGUCUCGCUGGAGGAACAUCUACAGCAGCUCUGGUCAGACGGGGGACGCUGGUUCCUCUGGCUCUGGCCUCCUCUCUCCUGGGUACCACAACAAAUCCACUAACAAAACCCUACUAACCAGUGGUGGCUCAGGCUACAUGAGUGUACACUCUGCUCUGAGUUCCCAGUCUUCUAUAGACAGUGAACUGAGUACCUCAGACGACUCCAUCUCCAUGGGUUACAAGCUACAGGACCUCACUGACGUCCAGAUCAUGGCCCGCCUACAGGAAGAGAGUCUGAGACAGGACUAUGCCUCCAGCUCUGCCUCAGUGUCUCGUCGUAGUUCCUCUGCCUCCCUCCAGUCUCUACGUCGGGGUGGGACCUACAGCGACCAGGAGUUUGAUACCUACAGCCUGGAGGAUGAGGAGGAUGAGUGUUGCUCUCUGCCCCAGCGACGCCUCCGCUACUCCCCCUCUCCCCUGGGCUCGCCCCGCUGCCUCUCCCCCUCCACGGCCUCCCAGGGCCAGGCGGAGUACAGCAGGCUGGGGGCCCCCCGACAACGCGCUCCACGCCGAUCGCUACAGGGGCCCGGGCCCGAGCUGCUAAAGUUCGCCAAGACCGAGGAAGAGUUGAGGCACAGCAUGCCUAACCUGGCCCCCCGCACCAGCCUGCGUUCCCUGGAGGCGGUCAGGAACAGCCGCAGCAUGGAGGCUAACCUCCAGAGCUCUGGCAACCGCAUAUCCCACCUGCCCCACUCCCCCUCCUCAGGUAUGUCAUCCAGUCGGAUGCGAGGCAGUGGCCAGUCCCCUCUGUCCAUGCGGGUCCCUGUCAAAGCCAUGGGCUCCAUGCCGGGGACCCGCCAGCCUUCCAGGGGCCUGCCUGUAGUCCAGAGUAGACCCAAUGGAGGGUUACGGAGGGUCCAGUCCCCAGGGCCUCCCAACGGGGGAACCUACCCAGCUGGGAGAGCCUCUACUGGGAGUGGGAGGCAAGCAGCAGCCCCAUCCUCCAGGGGAAGACUGGCCCAGACACCCAGAAGGUCUAUGGGGAUGACUAGAACGAAUGGCCCAAUCUCAAAUGAGUCAUGGAGAGACGGCUGCUACUGAGGCAACAAGGAAACUUCCUCCAGCUCUCUCCUUUACCUCACGUUUUAGUAUAAACAAAUCCAACAUUACGUACUGACUCUGAACAGACCUUCCCUGGCAUGAAGAAUCCUCUCACACCACGGAUACACUGGAGAGUGACUGAGCGCACACACACACACCGUUCUUUCGCUGUAUGGACCUAGACAGAGCUUCCAGAGUACAGAAGAUGUUUUUAACAAGUCGAUUCCAAUUCCAGUCUAUAUUUUAUGAUGAUAGUUGUUGAGAGAAGACUAAGGGUUGUUAUUUGAUUUGUUUACGUUCUGUAGAUGUACAAGUUAUUGAAGACUUUGGGUGGAAUGUUUGUUCUAUUGUGUGUGUGUGAAGUUGAACUCUGACUGAUAUGAAGGUGAUCUCAUCUGCAACUUGGGUGUUGCAUGAUGUUUCUGUUUAGUUUUCUUUCCUCCAAGGACAAAGAAGUUAGUUUUUUUUGGUUAUAUAUAGCCUUAUCAAUAGUAAGUCUGUUCUUCCAAGGAACAAACCCCAUGUUGAUGCGUGUGGGAAGGUUUUUUGAAUGUUUGUGAGUGAUUGGUUGUGAUUCCUUUAUAAUGAUAAGUGUUGUAUAUGUGUUUUGCUGAGUCUGACACAACAUCUCUGGACCACACUGCCCUUCCAUCAAGACCCCCUUAAGAAAAAAACGUUAUUGUUGGGUUAAAUUAUUUGUGCCAAGGUGCAUUUCUGUUGCUGCAGCACUGUUUCUAAAAUCCAAUAAAGUACUACUUGUAGUUGAAA